AUGAUUAAGCUAGAACAAGUAUACGAACUGUUCAAGUCAUCACAGGACUACAGUGUUCGUGGCACUGAUCCCUUGCCAUCCAACUUUAUCGAGACUGCAUGGCUAUGGAUUCUUGAAAGCUACGGCGAGUUUGGCCUGUUCCUCAUAUUCUACCUAUCCAUGGCCGUACUCUACGGACUUGGUGGAGCAUUCUUCUACCUCUGCGACAAGUAUCAAUGGUUCCGAUCUCGUAAGAUUCAAACCAAGAGAUACCCAUCAAGCGAUGAUAUUAGUAGAUGCCUCAAGAACCUAAUCACCAACUACAUUCUUAUUAUUCUUCCACUCGGUAUUGUAUCAUUCCCCUUCUCGAGAGUACUUGGAAUGUCCCAUUCACUUCCACUUCCAUCAAUGUGGAGAUACUUGUUCGACCUGUUCCUAUGCCUGGUUGGCGAGGACUUCUUCCAUUAUUGGAUGCACAGGUUCUUCCAUACACCAUGGUUCUACAAGAACAUCCAUAAGGAGCAUCACUACUAUAGCGCACCAUUUGGAUUCACGGCAUCUUAUGCACAUCCAGUGGAGGUAGUCUUCCUUGGAAUGGCCACGUUUGCACCGGCCUUUAUCCUCCGUCCACACUACCUUACCUUCUACUCGUGGUUCAUCCUGCGCCAGCUUGACGCCGUCCUCACUCACUCUGGCUACGACAUUGAGUUGUUCCCAUUCAAUUUGCUGCCAUACUAUGGUGGCGUCAUCUUCCAUGACUAUCAUCACAAGGAGUUCACCUGCAACUAUGGCUCACGCUUCACCUGGUUGGACAAGUUGUGUGGAACAUACAAGGAGAAGAAGGUUGCCACUAACUAG